AUGCAGAAGAUAGUGGGCCCCAUGUCCCCGAGCAACUCCUCCUCUGCCACUGUCAAUGGUAGUGUGUCACCAUCAGAAAAUGGCUUCUUUGAUUCUUUCUCCCUGUUGAGUAUGGAAGAAUCAAUCAAGGAUAUUAUUCAGCAGCCUCCUGUCCAGGGUAUUGAUGAUCAUCUGAUCGAGUUCUCUGAGGCUCUGAGAACUGUAGGAAAAGCACUGAGAAGGGUUACUGAAGGUAAGGCGUCUGCUCAGGCGGAGGCUGCUGAAUGGAAGCGUAAGUAUGAGCUGGAGAGGGCACGCAAUCUGCAGUUGGAGUCAAAAGGAGGGAAUGGCAGUAACUUCCAUUUAGAGAGAGGUCAAAAUGUGGAAGAUAAAACUGUGUUAUCAGAUAAUAGUAGUGAUCAAUGUGAGUUGUGUUGUGGGAAAGAUGAUAUAUCCGCUCAGGAGGUCCUUCGAGAUGGUGAGUCUGAGCCUGCCUCCUCGGUCACUCCAAAUAAGAUGAUGAAAAAGGCAUCAUUCAAGCUGUCCUGGUACUGCAAGGGUGAAAAAUGUAAUCGCCACAAACAUGACAUUGUGUCUUUUGAGAAGGGUAAUAUAACUACUGCCGAGCGAAGUAGUAAGCAGAUAUCAUUGAAGUGGGAAUCUCCACCACAAACCGUGCUUAUAUUAACCAAGCCAAAUUCUACAUCUGUCAGGAUUCUAUGUUUAGAGAUGGUCAGAUGGUUGAAGGAACAGAAGAAAUUAAAUAUAUUUGUCGAGCCACGAAUGAAGUCUGAGCUUCUGACGGAAUCUACAUACUACAACUUUGUACAAACAUGGUUAGAUGACAAGGAUGUGCUCCUCCUGCAUACAAAGGUUGACCUCAUUGUAACUCUCGGUGGAGAUGGGACUGUACUUUGGGCUGCAUCUAUUUUCAAAGGCCCAGUACCUCCCAUUGUGGCAUUCUCUCUAGGCUCCCUUGGUUUCAUGACCCCAUUUUACAGUGAGCACUACCGCGAGUAUCUGAACUCGAUCCUGCGUGGGCCCAUCGGCAUCACGCUGAGGCACCGUCUGCAGUGCCAUGUGGUCCGGGAUGAGGCCAAAAGUGAAUAUGAGAAUGAGGACACGAUGCUUGUCUUGAAUGAGGUCACGAUCGACCGCGGGAUGUCAUCGUUCCUCACGAACCUCGAGUGCUACUGUGACGAGUCUUUUGUGACGUGUGUGCAAGGAGACGGCCUCAUCCUCUCCACCACGUCCGGGAGCACAGCUUAUUCACUUGCGGCUGGUGGGUCUAUGGUCCAUCCUCAGGUCCCGGGGAUCCUUUUCACGCCAAUCUGCCCCCACUCUCUGUCCUUCCGGCCACUGAUACUGCCCGAGCACGUGACCCUCCGUGUGGUGGUGCCUUUCAACAGCAGGAGCCACGCUUGGGUCUCGUUUGAUGGCAAAGGCCGGACACAGUUGGCACCUGGGGAUGCUCUCGUCUGCAGUAUGGCCCCAUGGCCCGUCCCCACAGCCUGCCAGGUGGACUCCACCUGCGAUUUCCUACGCAGCAUACACGAUGGCCUCCACUGGAACUUGAGGAAGACUCAGUCCUCAGACGGCCCUCGUGAUCCUUAA